CCUCAACAAGAUCUACAGAAAUCACUACCAUCCUGAAAUAUUUGUUGAAAUUCAAAGGGCCUCCAAAAUCAUAGGUGCCUAUUGAGGCCUGAAAAACCAAAUAAUCACUAUUCCAGAAGCAUACCCAGCCUUAGCUUCCAGCUCCCUUUUAAUUGCCACAGCAUGUCUGACCCUCCCAAGAGAGCGUCCGCAUACGGAACGCCUUCCUCAGACACUUCCUUCCGCAAAACAUGGGAUCGGGAAGAAUAUUCCAGAAAGGCUGCUGCCGAAGAAGCCAAGUCGAAAGUAGAGUCCAAAGCACGCUACGAGGCGAAACUAGCUGGCAAGAAAUACCAUGCGCCCGUCGACUUUAGCACUCUCGAAGCCACAAGCUCCCGAUCUGAGCGACUAAAUGUCGCGUCAAUGGUUGGCAAGACCACCAUUAUCCCCGCAGGGUCCGCUGUCGGCAAAAGAGGCCGCGGGGCAGGGUUCUAUUGCCCCGAGUGUAACCUGACCUACAAAGAUAAUAUCCAAUUUGUCGAGCAUUUGAAUAGCAAGCAGCACUUGAUUGCGACGGGUCAGAGCGGGGAGGUCGUUGUAGCUACUUUGGAAGACGUGCGGCAGAGGCUGAGGUGGCUGUCGCAUAAAAGGAGGGUGCAGGAGGAGGAGGAGCGGAAGGCGGGCCAGCUGGAUCUUGGGGAGAGGUUGAAGACGAGGGAGGAGGAAGAGGCGAGGGAGAGGGAGGAGCAGCGAAGGAAAAGAAAUGAGAAGCGGAGAAAAGGGGGAGUGAAACAGGAGGAUAGCUGGGAGGGGAGGCUCGGAAUUAUUUCGUAAAUAUGGAGUGAUGAAACAAUUCGCACAGCAUUUCCGCCAACCAAUAAGCCCCGAAAAACGUCGAAUUGAUUAUCAUUGAACUCAUUCAGUACAUUCGAUCCCUUCAAGGGCCAUCAUGGCUUUCCCCCCUUCUCUCUCAAAAAUGCCAACCAAUCGUUCACAUUCGCUUCUCAACUUAGUUUCCCCAUUCUUCGCAUUCCACAUAAUCCAUUCUUCCACGGUCAUAUUUUUCUCUAGACUUGUCAGGUCCCCUUUAACAGCGUGAAGUAUAUCAUUGAUAUUCACAUUCUCUUUACUCAUCGAAUCUGGGAGGAAAAUCUCUUCUGGAUCAACGGGACUCCAUGGGUGGGAAGUCAUUAGCUGACCAGAAUGGGCAUGUAUUUUUGAUGGUGAAGUGGCAGGUGUGCUUGUUGCAAGGGGCACAACAAAAGCUGUGUGAGGCUUGGAAGCAGAAGAUGAGGUGGGUCGGGUAUUAGAUGGUCGGCUUGAUGGUGGCCGGUUUUCUGCGUCAGACGAUUGUGGUGAUGGCGACGGCGUGGACUCAUGGACUCGUGCAUUAGGCGAUAUUGGAUUGUGUGAAGCCUGCACUAUCCGGUCUGAUGCGCGCUCAAACAUUCCUGGGCUAUUCAAGCGUUGCCGGGCACCAUUCCAUUUUGAUGAAGUAUCAAUAUUUCCAGAUGCUCUAAAGGCAACCUUCCGCGGUAGAUUGGUCGACUUUUGGAUUUCUGGGUCUACCUUUGUUUCUUUGUCACUGGAGCUUGUACUCGUCAUCUUAAGCUCUUUACUGUGAGCAGCAGUCCUUAUUUUGUUCUGGAUUGGCGAUGUGUGGAGAUCGGAUGGGGUAGGAGCAGCCUCCUCCGGAACUCCAAUCUCAUUUGGCGGUUGCUGCUUUGACUUCUUCGAAUUGCCGGUAGAGCCCUUCGGUCGUCCAGGUUUUCUACGGGGAGGUUUCGGCUGGGAGUUUCCAAGGGGCUCGUCCUCCUGACCUUUAGGAAUAACUGCAUCUUUCAUCUCCAAAUUGUUUCCCAUCUUCUCGUCUACGCCACCGUCUAUGAUCUCCGCUCCAGGGUUGGGUUUAACACUCUCAGCUUCAUCAAUCGCUACCUUGGCAGGUUCUUGUUCACUGUGAACGCUAGAACUUUUCUUUGAUGCGAGCUUCUUCUUGCCCACAUUCCUUUUUCGUUGAGCUUUCUGGGUAUGAGUAUUCGGCUCCUCUUCAAGAUCGCUUGUGCUAAUAACUGUCGGUGCCGGCGGCUGAGCGUUCGCAACUGAUACGGUUGAAACAUACCUCGUCCUCGCGGGGAGUUCGUGCGCUUGAUAUUGCUCAGAUACUGCUCUUGCAUCAGCUUCGAUGUCCGCGGCGAGGUCCGCCUCUAAUUGGGCGUCAAUCUCGUCAUCAUCGGGAAUCCUUGAUCUUAAGGAGGCUUUGGAAGCUGUAGAUUGUUUCCGUGUCGUUGAAGAAGCUCGCUUCGAUUUUUGUGGUUUUCGUGGGGGUUGUUCCUCCACAUGCACAGGCUGGUCAUCGGCGAGUGCCAAUUCCGCAGCACGAUUCGCCGCAGUAUUUUCCGACCUCGCCGCCCGUCGUUUAGCAGGUGGUGCUGAUCCAACCACAUCGCCCUUUUCAUUUUGCACAUCGUCACCGUUCAUUGCCUCACUAUUUCUCUUUCUCCCCCUUGUUGUUCUCUUCGGCCGGGAUGUUUCUGGGACAUCACCAUUGUUACUCUCGAUAUCUACUUGGCUACUUACUUCAACCGGAUCUCCCUUCUUGGACUUUGCUUUCUUCCCUUUCGAUUUCGUUGUCUUUCUUGUCGUUUUUGACGUUCUAUUGGUUGAAUUGGACAGGGUGCUGUGAUCCAUUUCGUCAUCAAAAUCAGCCUCAGGAGCUUCAGAUACGGUUGUAGCGACGGAUUGUGUUGAUAGGCGCGAUGCUUUUGAUGAUCGAGUCUUCUUUCCACGGGUUGGUUUUGCCGGAUUAUUCAGUGCAAAAUGAAAAAAUGAACAAUCUGAAGAUCUGCGAUAAUGCUCCUCACUAUUCCAUCGUUAGCCAAUCAAGGCAUGUGCAGUCAGGUCAUGAUUUGCUCACAAAGGAUCAUCUUUUGGCUCCCAGCCAUCCAGUGACAGAUUGCAAUAAGCGCAGCUUACAAAAUCCUCACUCUCUUCAUGGGCGCAGUAAUACCAGCCUGCUUCGACCAUCUGUGGGAACAAAACCUUGUUAGCAACUACAAACCCAAAGUCCCGCUCUAGGUAGGUGCUCACCUUUUCCGUUUUGCAUACCCAACCCCUUUUCCCAUCGUGAGGCCACAUAGACGCAAAAGUUGCUCUCCUUGCCUCGGCGAUUCUGGCGUUUGUAGGGUCUUCUAUUUCUGCUGGGUUCGAAGAUCGGCGUACAAUAUCCAUCAUAAUUGCCCAUCCACAUUCGCUCGAGUGUCUCAGGUGCUCAGUAACCGGGUCGUCGUCCUCUUCCCAACCAUCUAGGGCUCUCUCGCAAAGGAAACAAGCAGCAUUAUCCGGGCUAAGAGGAGUGGGCUUAAAGUAAAAUCCGGCAUGUGCAAGCUGGAAUUUGGGUGUCAGUUAAUUGGGACGCAAGGGGAUCAUUGUGGAACAUAAAUUGCCGUUAAUACACACCUCUUCAGGCGAUGGUCUAUCAUGAGGCCAGCUAAUGUGCGUUGUAGCCUUUGUAUUUGAUGUUCUUUUACCUUUUGGUGCAGAAGAAUAAAAGGUGGCAAGCCGGGCAGCGACAGUCUCCAUGCCGAUUGCAAUCAUAGCGAAAUUUAUUUGCCUUUCAAUUAGGUAAACAUGGGGGUAUUCAAUUAUAUUCGAGAUUGAUCUAUCUAGAGUUUGUAAAUGGCGAUGUUGGGGCCGCAAUAU